UGUUUUCCUUCUAUAGCCUAAUGAGAUAAAUACAGAAAUAAAAAUAUAUUUGCGUGGUGACGUAACGCGUAAUGCGUGACGUUUCUCUGUCUGCUUCCGGUCAGUUCUCCGUGAUCUCCAAAGUUGGAUCCAGUAAACCCCCAAACAUGUCCGUGGAACCGCAGCCCGUGGACCGGCCGGACCUCGCGAACCGACCGGAGCGCCUGACACUGGAGGCCCGGAACCGACCAAGGCCGACGCGGCACGGCCGGGAUCCGCACCGGGUUGAUGCCAACCUGACCCAACAGCAGCCUGCCGGCGCUGCAGAGGAGCCUCCGGAUGACUGCGAGCGGAUGGGGACGCUCUUUGGGAUGAUCAAUAAGUGCCUGCGCGGGAUCGGCUUCAGCCACAUGUACUUCGGGAAUCACACCGUGGAGCCUGUGGUGAUCCUCUUCUUCUGGCUGCUGCUCUGGUUCCUGGGCAUCCAGGCGUUGGGCCUGGUGGGAACCCUGUGCAUCAUAAUCAUCUACAUCCAGGAUUGAUCCUGCCGGAAGAGCGCUGCCUGCUCCUUCGUGUGGUAUCCGGUUGACCAGAAGGCUUGUGGACGUUUGUUUCAGUGGUUUGAGGUUCAUUUGACCAGAGAAAGCCCAGGACUGAGCCUGUUUUUCUGAGGUGGUCAUCACAGUCCGCCCUUCAUGAACCAGAACCAAAGCUCCGUUCACCUGCUUCCAUGGAAGAGCAACAUCCCUGUGGCCGUCAGGAGAUGCUGCGACAGCAGCAGCUCUGCAGGAUUACCGCCAUGUAAGCCUGACUUUGUUAUCCAGCGGCCUCAAUGCGUGCGCUCACACGGAAGUCCCCGAUCAGUCAGUGCGUCAGCGUUACUGUCAUGCUCUGACAGCUUCAUGCGGUGACGUGUGGAACAUCGGCGGUUCUCACAAAGCUGUUCUUUUCUCCUCUGUAGGGAAUAAACGAGAGCAGAAAUGUAGGAACUGUCUGUGUCUGUCACAUGUUCCAGUCCAGGUUGGACCUGAGCACAGCUGGAUGAGGUCACGACCUGAGCCUGACCUCCUGACCGUGAACCUACAGAACCACAGGUUCUGAUGAGCUGCUGGAAUAAUUUGGUGCAGUUUGUUUCCUCUCCGAUCUGAUCGUAAAACUCCAACAUUUGAGGGGGCGUGCGGCCUUGCUGAGGGUCGGAAUCGCUGUCUUUUUGUCGAGUUAUCAGGCCUUCCUGUUGAUAAUCAAGCUGGAACAGAAGCUGAGCUGCUUUCUGGUUCUAGAACAUUCAUGAGAGCACGUGCUGAGCUGAUGAGCAUUAUAUAGUCUUUUCCAUCUGCGGGUUCUUGGAGUAAUGUGUGGGAUUUGGUGAAAGGGACUGUGGGCGUCUGUUUUAGUCUCUGUGGUCUUACAGAUGAAUAAUGAAUGACUUCAGCCAGAAUGAACUGCUUCUUACUGAUCAAUAAAACUACUGAACUGGGUUUGAA